GUUAAAACUUUUCACUAAAUUGUAAUUUUGUAAUAAACUGAUUUAAUUUGUGAUCAGUUAAGUGCAGUCAUGUCCUACAACACAAGCAAGUGCCGUGUCAUGCUCUACCGACUUUCUGAAGCAGUAGUCCAGAGAGGCCGGUGUGCUGAGCAGAGCCUUGACCUUACUGAAGUAUUGGCUGGGGCUUGCAGAGUCAAGUUUGAAGUCAGACAAGUGGCUGCCCCACUUCAAGUCCUUCAAGUUCCGGCUAAUGGCAUUAAGAAGGAGUUGGAGGAUGAAAUGGAAGACAUAACUGUGAAGGAAGAACCGUUCUUAUAUGAAAACAAGGCUUGUUCACCUGAGGUUGCCAGCCCAGCUCACAUUAACCAGCAAGCUCCCUCUCUCGCAUCCUGCAAGCCAUGCAAAAUGGAAGACCUUGAUAAUCAUGAGGCUCACCAAAUUUUAACUGUCAGUUCUGCUGAAGCUGGAAACCUGCGUGGUGAAGCAGAGACCUCAACAACUGAAAGAGCCUCAGAAGAUGCUGGCGGAGUUGACGUCAACGCUGAAGUAUCCAGCUUGCAGCACCUUUCCAAAACUGUGGCUUCUCGGGGUCAGUUUGACAAGAAAAAAUUUACUGCUGGAGUGCAGCACAAAAUUCCCACUGCGCAUCCACCAACAAAGCCACACUCAUGCCUCGGCUGUGAAUAUUGUAUAAAUACCAUGAAUAAACUGCCUCAAACUAGUCAUGCAGGGCAUUCUGGAGAAAUUUUGUGUCCCUCCAGAGAAAUAGCGAGAGACAAUGUUGUUCUCUGUAAAAAUUCACCACAUAACGUCCUCUACUGUUUUCAGUGUGAAUUUACUAGUUAUUCAAAAUACCAUUUAAUCCGUCAUUUCUUUCAUAGGCAUUCUUCUACAAAACCUCUCAAUUGCUCAAAGUGUGAAUAUUCUUGUGUCACGAAGGAGAGUCUGAAAAUUCAUUUUCUGUCCAGGCAUUCAUCUCAAAGACCUUUCAACUGCUCACAGUGUGAUUAUUCUUGUGUCCUAAAGUCGGCUCUAAGUCGUCAUUUGAUUUCCAAGCAUUCUUCUACCAAGCCUUUCAACUGCUCUAAAUGCAAAUACUCAUGCGCCAGAAAAGAACAUUUGAAGUAUCACAUUCUUUCUAAACAUUCAUCGCAGAAACCUUUCAACUGCUCACAGUGUAAUUAUUCUUGUGUGUUAAUGGCUAGUCUAAAUAAUCAUAUCCUUGCUAAGCAUUCAACUAAAAAACCUUUCACGUGCUCGAAGUGUGAAUAUUCUUGUGUCACAAGGAACAAUCUUGAUCGCCACCUGCUUGCUAAGCAUUCCACUAAAAAACCUUUCAAGUGCUCCAAGUGUAAAUAUUCUUGCGUUGCAAUUGAUUUGCUGAAAAAACAUGUUCUGUAUAAGCAUUCCUCUGAAAAACCUUUCAAGUGCUCCGAGUGUGAAUAUUCUUGUGUUUCAAAUUAUGACCUGGAAAAACAUGUCAUGUUUCGGCAUUCCUGUGAGAAACCUUUCACUUGCUCGCACUGUGAAUAUUCUUCUGCCGCGAAACAGAAUUUGAAUCGUCAUGUACUAAAACAUUCAUCUCUGAAACCUUUCAGCUGUGCUGACUGUGAAUAUUCUUGUACAACAAAACCGCAGUUAAAAUGUCAUAUUCUCUCUAAGCAUUUAUCUACAAAACCUUUCAAGUGUACUGAGUGUGAAUAUUCAUGUGUCACAAAAUCGCGACUGAAUCAACAUAUUAUUUUUAAACAUUCAUCUAAGAAUUUUUUCUGCUCGGACUGUAAAUAUUCUUGUGCCACGAAACAGAAGUUAAAAGCACAUGCUCUCGUGCAUUCACCUAUAAAACCUUUCAAGUGCGAAGACUGUGAAUUUUCUUGUUCCGCUAAAACGCAACUAAAAUAUCAUAUUCUCUCUAAACAUUUGCCAACAAAACCUUUCAAAUGCUCAGAAUGUGAAUACUCGUGUGUCAAAAAAUGUCAACUAGAUCAACAUAUUACUUCUAAGCAUACGUACAUCUAGUUCUAGUAUACUCCUUUUAGCUGCUCAGCGUGUGAAUAUAUGUGUGUAGGUACAUAAAAGCUAGCUAAAUUCUCAUAUUCUCUUCAAGCAUUCUUCAAUGAAACCUCUCAGCUGUACGGAGUGUUAUUAUUCUUGUGUCACAAAAUUUCAAUUAAAUUCUCAUCUUAUUUCCAAGCAUUCAUCAAGUAAAUCAUCCAGCUGCACAGAUAAACUCUUGCAACUAAACCAUAUUUAAAUUCCAUAUUCUCUCUAUGUAUUCAUCUAGUAAGCCUUUUAACUGCGCGGAGUAUGACCAUUCUUGCGUCACUAAACAGCAACUAAAUAAUCACGUUCGUGCUAAGCACAAGUAGAUCAGCCUCUGCACUGCAACGAGCGGUUAUAUGCUCGUUUCCCUUAAUUAAUAAUUUACAAUCCAUAAUAUUAUUGCCAUUAUUUGAAGACAACAAUUCAGUGUUCUUUCAUUGCUUUGCCUUAUUCAAUAAAUGAUCAUGGAA